AUGUUAACUGCUGAUAACAGACCACGUGUGUUUUCCGCGCCUGUUUACGACGAACUCCUCAAAUCCAGAAAACCCUUUUCGUUUCAUUAUAUUCCCAGUGUAUUGAUUUUCUUUGAUCCUUCUUUCUUUCUUUCUUUCUUCGCUUGGGGUUUGUUUCUUUCAAGCUUACAGUUGGAAGAUAAAAAGUUAAAGAAAAAAAAUAUGUUCUCUGAGUCAACUAGGAAACCAACUCGCCCAACUAGACCCCGGUACCUACCUCGACAUAUGAGAUCACCUCAAAAUGGCAAUGAUGCCUUUCUUGAUACCGGUGCCCCCGAGUUAACUCGCUCACGUUUCUACUCACCACAACCUGUUCAAUCCACCCGCGGUAGAGGCCGCGGCCGUGGACCCUGGUUCACCGCUCGCCGGAACCCAAACUGGGAAGAUGAAAAGUUCGACGAGCUGGAAAUUGUUGAUGAUACAUUGGAAGAAGCAUACGUAACCAACAAUCUACAAGCUUAUGAGGACAUUCCGGUACAAGCUUAUGAGGACAUUCCGGUACAAGCAAGCGGCGACAACGUACCGCCGCCGGUGAAGACCUUUGCUGAGAUCGAUUUGGGGGAUGGUUUAAAGCUAAACAUAAGGAGGUGCAACUAUAUUAAGCCAACUCCAAUCCAACGCCACGCCAUUCCCAUAGCGGUUGCCGGUCGUGAUUUGAUGGCUUGCGCUCAAACCGGGUCGGGCAAAACGGCCGCCUUCUGUUUUCCCAUUAUUUCUGGGGUUUUAAAGAACACAUUGCUAGUAGCUCGCCAUGGUGGUGGUGGAGGAAAUGCGGUGGCGUGUCCUCUUGCCCUUAUUUUGGCUCCUACCAGAGAGUUGUCUUGUCAGAUAUACGAAGAGGCGAAGAAGUUUGCUUAUAUGACUCGGGUUCAAAUCGCUGUUGCUUAUGGAGGCACGUCUAUUUAUAACCAGUUGCGCCGCUUAGAAAGAGGUGUUGACAUCUUAGUUGCUACUCCCGGACGGUUGGUGGAUAUGAUUGAGAGAGCAAAAGUUUCUCUUAAAAUGAUAAAGUAUUUGGCUCUGGAUGAGGCAGAUCGAAUGUUGGAUAUGGGUUUUGAGCCUCAGAUUCGCAGGAUUGUUGAGCAAAUGGACAUGCCUCCUCCUGGAACAAGGCAGACAAUGCUUUUCAGUGCCACAUUUCCAGAUGAGAUUCAGAGAUUUGCUUCGGAUUUCCUUUCGGACUAUGUAUUUCUGGCUGUUGGAAGGGUUGGUUCAAGCACUGAUUUGAUUGUCCAAAGAGUGGAACUAGUUCAAGAGAUGGACAAAAGAAACCAUCUUUUGAGUCUCCUCCGUUCUCAAAGGUCCAAUGGAACGCCCCAUAGUAAGCAUGCUUUAACUCUAGUUUUUGUGGAGACGAAGAGACGUGCAGAUGAGUUGGAACGCUGGUUGUCAAGGAAUGGUUUUUCAGCAAUUGCAAUGCAUGGUGACAAAGUGCAAAUGGAGAGAGAGCAAGCUCUGAGAUCCUUUAAAAGUGGUGCUACUCCAAUACUAGUCGCCACAGAUGUUGCUUCACGAGGACUUGAUAUACCUCAUGUUGCACAUGUUAUUAACUUUGACAUGCCAAAAAACAUUGUUGAUUACGUGCACCGGAUAGGUCGAACUGGCCGUGCCGGAAAAUGUGGCCUGGCUACCGCUUUCUUCAGUGACAAGAACUUCAAUCUUGCAAAGUCAUUGGCUGAAGUAAUGAAGGAAUCUAACCAGGAAGCCCCAACUUGGUUAGUUCAACAUGCUGAGAAUUACUCUGCUAGUGGUGGUGGCGGUUGGGUUAGACGCGGUGGAGUUGAUUUUGGCGGUUAUGACUUACGAGAAGAUAUUGCAUCUUCAAGCACAUACAAUGAUAUUUAUGGUGUUCCUGCCAUUGAUGGUCAUUACGAUGCUGUUAGUGUCGAUGCUCCGACUUUACUUGGCAGCGGUGAUGACGAUUAUUUGGUUGCGAGUGACAUGAACCACAAUGCUGCUGCUGCUCCAUAUGGUUACGGAUCGAUCGUUGCCAGCGGGUGGGACUAGAGUUGCAUCACUCCUCCAUUUUCAUGGCUUCAUUUGAUAUUAAACAUGGUAUAUUGGCAUAAGAAAUGCAUUUGAUAUAUCUAGUUUUAUUGGGUUUUGUGGAUA